GCCAUGCCCGUCGCCCCCGCCGCCCCGCUGCUUCAGCUGCUGCUCCUGCUGGGGCCGUGGCUCCAGGCUGCGGGCGUCGUGGAGCCGCCGCUGCCCGCCGUGGUCCUUACCAUCCUGGCCCGCAAUGCCGAGCACUCACUGCCCCACUACCUGGGCGCGCUGGAGCGGCUGGACUACCCCCGGGCCAGGCUGGCCCUCUGGUGUGCCACGGACCACAACACGGACAACACCACGCAGAUGCUGCAGGAGUGGCUGGCCGCUGUGGGUGACCACUACGCGGCUGUGGUCUGGAGGCCCGAGGGGGAGCCCAGGUCCUACCCAGACGAAGAGGGGCCCAAGCACUGGACCAGAGAAAGGCACCAGUUUCUGAUGGAGUUGAAACAGGAAGCCCUGACCUUUGCCAGGGACUGGGGGGCUGACUACAUCCUGUUUGCAGAUACAGACAACAUUCUGACCAACAACCAGACGCUGAGGCUUCUGAUAGAGCAGGGGCUGCCCGUGGUGGCCCCGAUGCUGGACUCCCAGACCUACUACUCCAAUUUCUGGUGUGGGAUCACGCCCCAGGGCUACUACCGCCGCACAGCCGACUACUUCCCCACCAAGAACCGCCGGCGCCAGGGCUGCUUCCAGGUCCCCAUGGUCCAUUCCACCUUCCUGGUGUCCUUGCGGGCUAACGGGACAGCCCAGCUCGCCUUCUACCCCCCUCAUCCCAACUACACCUGGCCUUUCGACGAUAUCAUCGUCUUCGCCUAUGCCUGCCAGGCCGCUGGGGUUACAGUCCAUGUGUGUAAUGCACACCGUUACGGGUACAUGAAUGUGCCCGUGAAAUCCCACCAGGGCCUGGAGGAUGAGAGGGUCAACUUCAUCCACCUGAUCUUGGAAGCCCUAGUGGACGGGCCCCCCAUGUGGGCCUCAGCGCAUGUGUCCCGGCCCCCCAAACGACCCAGCAAGAUGGGGUUUGAUGAGGUGUUUGUCAUCAGCCUGGCCCGCCGGCCCGACCGCCGUGAGCGCAUGCUAAGCUCGCUCUGGGAGAUGGAGAUUUCUGGGCGGGUGGUGGAUGCUGUGGACGGCCGGACUUCUAAGGGCUCGGUGAGGACUUUGCCAGGGCCUGACACAAAAGAAGUAUUCCAAAGGACACUCAACACCAGUAUCAUGAGGAGCCUCGGCGUGGACCUGCUCCCUGGCUACCAGGACCCCUACUCGGGCCGCACACUGACCAAGGGCGAGGUGGGCUGUUUUCUCAGCCACUACUCCAUCUGGGAGGAGGUGGUUGCCAGGGGCCUGGCCCAGGUCCUGGUGUUUGAGGACGACGUGCGCUUUGAGAGCAACUUCAGGGGGCGACUGGAGCGGCUGAUGGAGGAGGUGGAGGCAGAGAAGUUGCCAUGGGACCUAAUCUACCUGGGCCGGAAGCAGGUGAACCCCGAGGAGGAGGCCGCCGUGGAUGGGCUGCCACAUCUGGUGGUGGCCGGAUACUCCUACUGGACCCUGGCCUAUGUCUUGAGUCUGGCAGGUGCUCGCAAGCUGCUGGCCUCCCAACCCCUGCGCCGAAUGCUGCCUGUGGACGAGUUCCUGCCCAUCAUGUUUGACCGGCACCCCAAUGAGCACUACAAGGCGCACUUCUGGCCGAGGGACCUGCAUGCCUUCUCCGCCCGGCCCUUGCUCGCUGCCCCCACCCACUAUGCAGGGGACGCUGAGUGGCUCAGCGACACGGAGACAUCCUCGCCCUGGGACGAUGACAGCGGCCGCAUCAUCAGCUGGAGUGGCUCUCACAAGACCCUGCGUGGCCCCCGCCUGGACCUGGCUGGCAGCAGUGGGCACAGCCUCCACCCCCGGGAUGAGCUCUAGGGCCAGGCGGUGACUCCAGAGGAAUGGCCAGGAGCAGGCUGUGGCUGGCCAGGGAGGAGGUUGGAAAUAGCUGCAGGAACCACCACCAAGAGCCACAGACCCCACAGAGACCCGACUGUCACCUUAGCCAUGGCCACUCUGCCCUCUGGCCCCGUCUUGCAUCAGGAGAGACCACUCUGAGAUGGGUCCCCUUCCCUGAAGGUCGUGUAGAGAAAAGGCAGGGCUCACAGGCCCUCUCACCCUGCCCGGCCUGACUCAGGGCCUGGGGUGGAGGGAGGGAGGGGGGCACCCCAGCCUUUGGUUUCAAGCUGGACGGACACCAGGAGCCCUGCCCUCUCCGCGGACCCAACUGCUGGGGCCCCUCCACCACCUUCUACCUCCACCUCAGCCCCCUCCCCACUCGACACCUGGGUCUCAGCUGCCUGGGCCCAUCCUCUCCCCCUGGCCACUGGGAAGUGCAGGGAGGUGGGAGGAGGGCCCUGGCAGACCUGGUGCCCAGCACAUAGUAAGCCCUCAGUAAAAGCCAGCUGGUAUUUGCACUUUA